CUUGGAUGUAUUAAAAUGGCAGGUUUGAAAUCAAGAUCGUUAAACUGUAAUAAUAUAAACUGUUAUCUCUGCCACAGCUUUGAGCCAGCAACUGCUCCAACAGCAGAGAAAACAACCAAAGUGCCGCCUGAACCUCCUUCAUCGGAGACAUCGGCCAUUCCGGCAGUGGAUCUUCCUUUAAAGGUGUCACCUGCUGAACAAUCCACAGAGACCCCGACGGAAACAUCGAAAGAUGGUCUGGCUGAAGUUAAGCCAUCGGAAAACUUAAGAGAAACAUUAGGAGAGCAUCUGCAGAACAAAUCAACAGAGGGGGAUGUCAAACUACGCAAUCACAGCUCAUCUACGACCCACACUGGCACUGAUGAGGGAGACUCAGCUGAAAGUCAACAUGCUCCAAAGAGGAACGAUGUCAAACGCCGCUCCGUUCGCUUUGGUAUUGUAGAGAGAGAUGAUGGUGGGCCCCCAUUGAUCCUGGGUUCAGCGUCUGAUUCCAGCGAAGAAGAAGAAGAAGAAGAUACUUCUGGGGAUGAAGCUGAGGAAGACAUCCCUGUUUCAGUGCCUGUCUACAAAAGAGUAGGGGGUCUUCAAAAGAAGGAUGAUGGAGAGCAAGAGAAGGAACGACUGAAACAUUUGGAAUUUGAAAAAAGACGGAGAGCAAAAGAGAACGAACAGGCAGGACUCAAGUUGAAAGAGGAGCAGAAACAAAAAGAAGAAGAAAGGGAGAAAGAAAAGGCAAGGCAGAGGGAAGACGAGGAGAGGGAGAGAGAGAGGCUGAAGGAGGAGGAAAUGGAGAGACAGAGGAUGGAGGAAUAUGAGCAGGAAGUAUUGAAAGAGCAGGAGAGGGAAAGGCAAAGGCUGAGAGAAGAAGAGAUGGAGAGGGAAAGGCAGAUGGAGUUGAUGUGGCAGAGACAGAGAGAAGAGGAAAGACAGAGGGGGACACAGAAAGAGGAGAGACUUAAACAAGAUCAGGUGGAGAGGGAAAAAGAGAGAAUGAAGGAGGAGGCAAGGAAAGAGGAGAGACUAAGAGAGGAAAGAGAAAGACAAAUGCCGAGAGAGGAUGAGGAGAGAUUGAUUCACAGCGAGGAACACAGAUUAGAGGGAAAACUGAGAGAGAAGGAAAUUAAUAGAAUCAAACUAAGAGAAGAAGAGUGGGAAAAAGAUUGGGUGAAAAAGACGAAGAUGCAGAGAGGAGAAGAAGGAGAGAGGGACAGAGAGAAAGAGUUGGAGUUGAUAUGGCAGAGACAGAAAGAGGAGGACAGGGAGAGGGCGACACAGAAAGAGGAAAGACUCAGACAAGAGGAGAGAGAGAAAGAAAGAUUAAGAAUGGAGGCGGAGGAAAGAGAAAGGGAGAGGCAAAGGAUGCUGAAAGAGCAGCAAGAAGUAAAAGAAGAGAUGGAGAGAAAGAGGCAAAUAGAGAUGGAGAGACAGAAAGAGGAGGACAGAGAGAGGGUGAGACAGAAAGAGGAAAGACUCAGACAAGAAAGACUCAGACAAGAGGAGAGGGAGAAAGAAAGAUUAAGAAUGGAGGCAGAGGAAAGAGAAAGGGAGAGGCAAAGGAUGCUGAAAGAGCAGCAAGAAAAAGAAGAAGAGUUGGAGAGAAUGAGGCAAAUAGAGAUGGAGAAACGGAAAGAGGAGGACAGGGAGAGGGUGAGACAAAAAGAGGAGAGAUUCAGACAAGAGGAGAGGGAGACAGAAAGGUUAAGAAUGGAGUUGGAGGAAAGAGAAAGGGAGAGGCAAAGGAUGCUGAAAGAGCUGCAAAAAAAAGAAGAAGAGUUGGAGAGAAUGAGGCAAAUAGAGAUGGAGAGACAAAAAGAGGAGGGAAGAAGGGAAGAGGAACGGAACAGACAAGUAGAGAAAGAAAGAGUGGAGGAGCUGGAGAGAAAGCUCCGAGAGGAAUUGGACAGAAAGCGAGCUCAACAACUGGAAGAAGAGAUACGAAUGGAGGACGAGAGAAAAAGGGAAGAACGAGAGAGUGUGGGGCUAAAUUUAAUUAGCUUUGACUCUGAAGAUGUGCAUCAAAAGUCAAAUUCGCUAUAUUCCCCCUCAGUGAAAGCCUAUGAGACGAGAGAGCGUCAGGUUGAAGUUGAUUACGAUGACUUCUCUGUCAGACCGACUCUGUUGAAGGUGGAUUUUGACGAUUUUUCAGUCAAACCGAAGAGAUGGGGCUCACAGGCUAAAGUGGAAACUAGUCCGCUCAUCCAGAGUUGGCCAGCUGUCUCUGUGGAUGAAGAGGAAGUUGAAAUGCUGGCACCCCUGGAUGUCAUUACUCGCAAAAAGAAUGUGCCAGAGCAGGUGGAAAAGCCAGGCAGCCCAAAGCCUACAUUAGCCCAGGAAAGACCAGAAGAGGAACAGGUCAUCUCCAUGGAGUUAAAGGAGAAGGGGGAGGAGGAGACGCAGAGGGGGGAGGAGGAGGAGACACCUAGGGAGGAAGAGGAGGAGACAAUGGAAGAUGAAGUGGACGAAGAAGAUGAGCAGGAGGCACCAGUUAACAGUUAUAGCACAAAUGAUGAAGACACUGAUGCUUUGAUAGACAAUGAGCCAGACCAGCAGAAUGAGGCAUGUGAACAGACAUCUGAAAUUGACAGCCCAAAGCCCGUCCCUGACCAGGUUUCUGAAGUCCCUUCUGAAGACGUCGAUACCACGGAUUUCUUUAAAGAGCCUGAGCUGGCUCAAUUUCCGGAGAGCUCCACUCCUCUCCUCGACACCAGCGUGCAGAAAUCGAAGGCAGAUCUGGUUAGGAGGCGAACUCGAACGCAUCAGCCACGCUCGCUCCGUGGAGGUUUGGCUCCAAAAGAAAGCCCAGACUGGAGGACCCGUGACUCCACAGAUGAAAAAGAGGCAUCUUCUAAGCAAAGGGAGUCGGACUCUGACGAGGAUCAGCCUAAAGCAAAGAUAGUCUGUUCUCCUUCUCCCACCUCUCAGAGAGUCCCCAUGUUCCCUGGAUUGAGCCCUGCAGCCUUGGUGGCUCAGUUAAAAAAGAGAACAGGUAGAGGUGAAAUCAGAGGGAGAAAGGAAACAGAAGAAGACAAGGGAAGAGAAGAGAAGGAAAGUCAAAAUGAGGAAGCGGCACCAUCUCCCUCACAACGAUCCCGCUCUACUCGCUCUGCUGCUCAUCUGGCAGGGGCUGCACGAGUGCUGCCACCCUUAGGCAGCACGGACGCAGGUGCUAUCUCUUCUCCCGCAUGGCUGAAAGAACUGAAGUCUAGGAAGCGCCUGAGUCAGUAUGACAGCGAGGCUUAGCCAGAUGCAGGAGACACAGUGCCAUUGCUGUUCAGCAAGAAUCAAUCCAUCUCAGUUGCUGCUGCUGACGGCAGACACCUUGCCACCAUUGCUCUAUUUUCCAUUUUGAGUGCCUUAUUUUGGACUUUUACUGAUAUAUUCAGGGGGGGAAUUCAUGGCUUUUUGCUGAAUGUAGAGGCAGUCAGGAACUUUUCUAGCUUGUAAAUGAAAUAGGGUGCCAAGGCUAUGUGCCAAGACUGUGAUGUGUUAAUGCCAAGUACAUGUUUUUCUACUGCUGUACAGAGGCUUAGUUGAGGGGGAAUACCCCCAAUGUAGUUUACAGCAAAUCCAUGGGCCUUCUCAUUCUUUCUGUCUUAUUGUUUGAAUGUGUUAGUCCAUCAUAUACUGACAGGGACUGGUGACACUAGGCCUUGACACAUACACACAAACACACAUAUGUACAGAAAAUACUGAAUAUAAAUAAUGGAUUGCAUCUUGUGUGUAUUUGUAGUUGUACAAAAUGCUUUUUACACUAUCUUUUCAAUCACAGAUCGUCUCAAGUAAACUUAUAAGCACUUUAAGAAAAAUUAAAACAAAUUACCAUCCAUACAGUACAUCUAUGCAAUAGAAUAGUCAAGUACCUAACUUAAGUAACAUGGGCAAGGGAAUUUUUUUUAUUUGUUACACUAUUGUAUGUCUGUCUUCUCUUUCCAGUUCCACAAAACAUGCACUUGGUGCACUGGUUUUUAUUAAAACGCCCAGAAGCUGGUGAGAACCAUGGACGUGUCAGAACAUCAUUAGUGAGCUGGGAGGAAAUUUUGAGCAUGCUAUAACACAAUCAGGAAGUGUGUUUUGUAAAAUUUUGUAAAACCCAGAAAAUGCAAUAAUCUGCUCUAGAUGCUUUUAUGUGCCUUUUUAAUGUUGAAGAGUGACUUAUCUGUAUAAACGAUGUAAUCAUUCAUGAUAUCAAGUACAAUAAGAGGAAAUUGAGGGAAUUUUUAUUAAAACCUUUUCUAUGAAAUGCAA